GUUUUUAGUUUAUAAUUUGCAUUGCUUAAGCUAACAUGUUGAAAUUAUUGUUCUUAAUUGUGUCUUUCUCUUGCGUUUUUACGCAGGAUGCAACAGAGAAAAUGGAUAUAUUUCGUUUGCCCAACAACACCGAACCGAUAUCAUAUACGUUAAAUGUACAGACUUUUAUUGAACCAGAAAAUAAUAAUUUCACAUUUAUCGGUACCGUCGUCGUAACGAUUCGGGCAAAAACAUCAACGGAAGAGAUAACUUUGAAUGUAGUUGAUUUAAAAAUAAAUAAAAUCAAUGUAAAGGAUACUGAAUCGUCCACUGAAAUUGAGGUGUCUGGAAAUCACGUCGUGGUUAAUAAUGAACAACUCAUUAUUCAACUUAAGACACCGGGACUUAUUGCCGAUCGAGURUAUGAAGUUAAAAUCGCAUAUUCUGGAGAGUUACGGAACGACAUGUCUGGUUUCUAUAAAAGUUGGUACAAGAACGAAAAGAAUGAUAUGAAAUGGUUAGCUGUUACUCAGUUUGAACCUACAUAUGCUAGAAGAGCGUUUCCGUGUUACGACGAACCAGCAUAUAAAACACCCUUUACAAUUUUUAUCACAAGAUUGGAAAAUCAAAUUUCUCUGUCAAAUAUGCAAAUUGCAGAACAAACUAUUAUACCAUCAACGGAAGGACAACCUAAAUAUGUAUGUGAUCAGUAUCAAACUACAGAACCGAUCUCAACGUAUUUAAUAGCGUUUUCAGUAUCGGAAUUUGUAAAUACAACAAAAGAUCAAAGAAUUUUAAUUUACACCCAUGCAGACUAUAUUGAUCAAGUAACAUACAUCAACGAAAGGGCAAAUAAAUUACUGAAUCUUAUGGAAAUUUAUACAAACAUACCAUAUACAUAUUCGAAAAUAGGCCUUUUAGCAAUUCCAGACUUUUCGUUAGGUGCAAUGGAAAAUUGGGGAUUAAAUACAUAMAGAGAAAAAUAUUUACUAGUAACAGACAAAUCUACUGAAAAAGACAAAGAAACUGUAAUUACAAUGGUUCAACAUGAAUUGUCACAUCAGUGGUUUGGUGAUCUCGUAACAUGUUCUUCGUGGAAUUAUGUUUGGUUAAAUGAAGCUUUUGCCACAUUAUUCGAAUAUUUUGCAGUUCAUGCGGCAGAACCUGACUGGCGUAUUGGAGAUCUAUUUGUCAUUGAACAGCUUCAAGCAGCAUUAGCCUACGAUCAUAGACCACGUCAUCCAAUUACAGCAAAUGUUAAUGAUCCAAAUGAAAUUGAAGAUAUUUUUGAUGCAAUUACUUACAACAAAGGCGCUUCAGUGCUAAGAAUGUUAAAUCAUGCAUUAAAUGAUGAUAUAUUUAGAAAAUCUUUAACAUUAUAUUUGAAUACUUACAAGUAUAAAGCUGUAGAACCAAAAAAUCUAUGGAAUUCAUUUGAUAAUGUGAUAUUUGACGCGAAUUAUAAAUCAGGAAUAUUAGGAAAUACAAUUACUGUCGAAGAGUUUAUGAGGUCGUGGACUGAUCAAGCAGGAUAUCCUGUAAUAUAUAUCGAUACAUAUACAUCGAGUCCUAACUAUAUUGUUAUAUCCCAAAAACAAUAUCAAGUGGAUGUACCUAAAUUAAAUUCUACURCAUUGUGGUACAUUGGUCUUACAUAUACCACUCAAUUACACAAACAAUUUAAUAAUCUUCAGCCAACUGUUUGGCUGAGUAAUACAAAAACCAAACUUAGUAUACCUCUUUUGGAUAAUGAAGGAUGGGUAAUAUUUAAUCUUCAAUCAACAGGUUUCUAUAGAGUUAAUUAUGAUAUUAAAAACUGGAAUCGGCUAAUUGCCGAACUGAAAUCUAACCCAAAAACAAUACACGUUCUCAACAGAGCACAACUGAUUGAUGAUUCAUUCAACUUAGCAAGAGCAGGCGAAUUACCCUACUUUAUACCAUUCACUUUAGUAUCUUAUUUACAGAAAGAAGAUGAUUUUAUUCCAUGGUAUUCGGUGUUAAAUAGCAUGUCAUACAUUGUAGAAAGAUUAAGACGCUGUUCACAUACAGGAGCUCAAGUACAAGAUUUUGCAAAAACAUAUGCGAAAAUAGCAUAUGAAAAAGUCAGUGACCAAUACGAGAAAAAUGACGGUAAACAUUUGACAAAGACUAGUAUGCAAGCAUUCUCAAAUUGGGCAUGCAAAUUAGAUGUUGAACCAUGUGUGGAAUCAGCUUUAAACUAUUUUAACGCGUGGGAAAAAAAUGAAACUGAAAUACCGCCAGAUGUAAAAGAAGCAGCCCUCUGUAGUGGUAUCAAAAAUGGAACUACCGAAACAUGGAAUAAAGUUUUUGAAUUAUUUAAAAAAACAUCAUCAACCUCCGAAAGACAAGCGUCGUUAUUAGCAUUGGCUUGCAGCACAAAUAGCACAAUAUUAUCCCAGUAUUUAAACCUUUUACUUGAUCAUAAUUGUCCAAUACGCCCACAAGACUACAAAACUAUGUUUAAAUCACUGACAUCAACCCCAGUUGGUAUUAAUGUAACAACCGACUUUUUACAAAACAAUAUCAACAAAUCUCUAAGUAGUAUGUGGGAAGGUGAAGAAACGAUUAUGCUUAUGUACUCAUAUUUGGCUUCAAGCGUUGCAACAGGGAAGGAAAUUAAUGAGAUAAAUGCAAUCAGAAAUUUAACCUAUUUAUCACCAACAUUGAAAGAAUCGUUUGAUAAUUCAUACAAGGAAGUAGAACUAAAUUCUGCUUAUUUUGAAAGAAGUCAUCCACUUCUGCACGAAUGGUUUGAUCCAUCCAGUUCAACUACCACACCCACAUCCAGUGCUAUUUCAAACUCAUACCACUACAUUAAUGUUAUUAUUUUAUCUUUGCUAUUUGUAACAACACUAGUAAAUAUAAAUUAUUUUAAUGUAAUACAAUAA